AUGCCCAUAUACACUGUUAGCAAAGAGGGAUUUCAGAAAAUGAUUCGCACACUGGACAAGAGAUACCAGUUGCCCUCACGAAACUACUUCUCUCAAGUCGCAAUACCUGAGCUUUACAGCAAGUGCCGUAGCGAGGUUAAACUUGAAAUAACGGCAGUGAAAUUCUUUUCAACCACUACGGACCUUUGGACAAGCAGGACGACCGAACCAUAUAUUAGCCUAACCGUGCACUUUGUCGACGAUGAUUUUGAACUGAAAAGCCGUUGCCUGCAAACAUCGUAUUUCCCUGACGAUCACACGGGAGAGAACAUAGCCGCGGGUUUGAGAGAGGCACUGGCUGCAUGGGACCUCUGGGAGGAUAGUUUGGUCGCUGUCACAACAGACAACGGCACGAACAUCGUCAAAGCGGUGGCGCUUAAUCACUGGACUAGGUUCCAGUGCUUCGGGCAUAGACUUCAUUUGGCCAUUGAAAAUGCUCUGAAAGAUCAUGCACAAUGCAUUACCAGAGCUACUGGGAUUUGCAGAAAGAUUGUGGGCCACUUCUCCCAGAAGAGAGAAGAGAAGAAGAGAGUGGCCUUGAAGGAAGCCCAAAAAGAACUCAACCUUCCAGAGCAUGCCAUGGUGACAGACUGCUCAACACGAUGGGGUUCCACUCAGAAGAUGAUAGAUCUGGAGAUCUUGGAAUCUGUGAACAAGGCACUCAGCCCACUCCAGGACUUCACGGAUGCCCUGUCAUGUGAACGUUAUGUGAGCAUAUCUUGUGUAAAGCCUACUCUGCAUCUUCUGAACACCUCUGUGCUGGCUGAAGAGGAAGAGGACAACCCAAGGUUUCGAACACAACACAUCUCUGAGCAAGAGACCCAGACCUUAAAGGAACAAGUCAUCACUGAGUUGAUUGACAUUCACCAGCAGCAGCCUGUAGCCCAAAGCACAGCAGCGAUGGAGGAUAACCUGGAACUGGAUGCAGAAAAUCCACCUGCUGCUAAAGCCAAGAAAAAAACCCUGGCCAGUUUCUUUAAAAAAAACACAAGCACAACAUCAGCAGCAUCUUUUGAUCCCAUGGUGCAGUUCAAAGAAGCAGUAGCUGCUGAACUCAAUGCUUACAUUUACAUGCCAUGUGUAGACCAUGAAGAAGAUCCACUAAAAUGGUGGAACAGUCACAAAAUAAACUUCCCUAGGCUAUGCAAACUAGCACAGAAAUAUCUGUGCAUACAAGCAACAAGCUCUGCAUCAGAGAGAGCUUUUAGUACUAGUGGUAAUGUUGUAACAGAUCAUCGGUCCUGUCUGAAACCAGACAAGGUUGACAUGCUUGUUUUUUUGGCAAAGAACCUUUCAAUUGCUAAAUAG